CCAUUGGCCCAGAGCCAGUUCAGUUAUUGCCAGCUCAACAUAUAGACAACUCCAACAGAUGUUAAGGCUGCCAGCCAAGAAAAUCGACUACAACAAAACAAAUUGAGCCAAAAGUGCAGCAAAGUGCAGGUUACAAAUUCACGACAGUUGAAAGCUCAGCUUAGAAUGCGACGUCUUUUUGUUGUGGCUCUGAUGGCGCUCUCCAUGUGUGCUUUGCACACCGUCGAUGCCAACCACCUGCCAGAUGCAGCCUUAAACAUCAACGAGCGCUUCUUUGACGAGGUCAGGGAGCUCAUCAAGCGUCGCAUGGAGAGCAAGCCGAUGCCUUUGGCGGGCGAUGAAUUGGCGCUGCAGAAUCAACGCAGCUACGACAAUGUGCCAAUACCAGCUGCGAGUGUUCCAGUGCCUGUGCUCGUCGAGAAUUGGCCCACCGAUCAGCAUAGCUUUGGCCAGGUCACAGCCGUCUCUGUGGAUCCCGAGGGCAAUCCAGUGAUUUUCCAUCGUGCUGACCGCUAUUGGGAUGUAAACACCUUCAAUGAGAGCAACAUCUACUAUCUCAUCGAGUAUGGACCCAUUAAGGAGAAGACCAUUUAUGUGCUGGAUCCCAAGACGGGUGCCAUCAAGUCCGGCUGGGGUUCGGAUAUGUUCUAUAUGCCACACGGCAUGACCAUCGAUGGUCAUGGCAAUUACUGGAUCACCGAUGUGGCCAUGCAUCAAGCCUUUAAGUUCAGACCAUUUGAGAGCAAGCCGCAGCUGGUGAUUGGCAAACGUUUCCGACCUGGAGCCACGUUGAAGCAUCUGUGCAAGCCAACGUCCAUUGCGGUUGCCACAACGGGCGAGUUCUUUAUUGCUGACGGUUACUGCAACAGUCGCAUUCUCAAGUUCAAUGCCGCUGGCAAACUGUUGCGCAGCAUUCCCCAGCCACCCGAAUUCCUCUCGUUGCAGGUGCCACACGCAAUUACACUGCUGGAACACUUGGACUUGCUCUGCAUUGCUGAUCGUGAAAACAUGCGCGUAGUUUGCCCCAAAGCUGGUCUGAAGUCUUCGCAUGGCGAGGGACAGCCGGCAGCCACCAUCCAGGAACCUGAUCUGGGACGUGUGUUUGGUGUCAGUGGCUAUGGCGAUAUUGUGUUUGCCGUUAAUGGACCAACUUCGAUGUUGCCAGUGCGUGGCUUCACCAUUGAUCCCCGUUCCGAGACGAUUAUUGGGCAUUGGGGCGAGUUCAAGAAUCCACACUCGAUUGCGGUCAGCGUAAAUGGUUCGGCACUGUAUGUGACGGAAACGGGCACCAAUCACCAGACGAAUCGUGUUUGGAAAUACGUUCUGGCUUGAGGUCUUGACGAUAUCAGAGAACAAACGCGCACAUCCACAACUCCAAAGGCACUUCCAUAUAUGCGAGUGAGUCGACGCCAAGCAUAUCCCAAUUGAAAUCGUGAAUAGUAUGAAUAACUAUACCAGCUGAAUACAUAUUGCAAAUAUGCUCUCUGCAUCAUAAUACGAAGGGGGCAUUUAGUAAGUACAUCUUCUUAUAGAGAACCAAAACCAUAAACACACCAAUAGUGAAACAGGAAUAUAUCAAAUUUUUAUGAUUAAAUGAUGAUCAAUAGUAGUUAAAUUAUUAAUGUACAAUAUUUAAGUAUGUAAAUGGCUUAAACAAACAAUUACCACAACAAACAUAACCUCAAAAUUUAUGUUUUUUGCACUGUAAUGAGCAUAAUGGGAAUUACAAAGCAGCUUAAAACUAAUAAUAUAACCAUCAAAAUGCAAACAGAGACGUAUAAUACAUACAUUAACUAGGCACUUCGGGAGUAUUUACCAAAUGCGCAUCCAUAAAUAAUGCAUAUAUUCUAUAUAUAUAUAUAAAUAUUUACUAUCUAACACUAUGUAUAAUAUUGUAACCUGCACAA